CCAAGGAGGAGGAGGAGGAGAAGGCAAGAGCAGGACUGAAGAGGAGGAGGCCUCUCUGGGGACAAGUCCUCCAUUCAGCCUUCUGUCAAGGAGGAGUUUGACAAUGCCCCCCAUUUUAGGCAUGGACUAAAACCAUGGAUUUACAUUUAUGAAUCACCACCGCUUCUGCCCUGCUUCCGAGGCCCUUGCAUCCUCUGCAGAGUGCAGUCUGCACUGGGACAACCCACGACCUACCUGUCCUUUACAUUGCUGGCUGCAGACACACCUGCGGAUCAUUCAAAAACAACCCAGCAAACUGCUUCUUGCUUCAGGCACAGAUGUGACUGUAGGGCCUUUGUAGCCUUGUCUUUCUCCUGCCUUCAUCCCUGAGCCUGGUGUUAAAGGUGUUGAAAAAUGCCAAAACGUAAAUGCCAAUUUAGUGAUCGUUUAUCAAGCAAAUAUAAGUUAUUUAAAGAUGGUAGAACUAAAUAUGAAGCUGAGUGUCUCAUUUGUCCUGCAGGAACAUACAUUUCUGUAGCCAAUAAAGGGUCACAAGAUUUGGAAAUUCACCUUCAGUCCCAGAAACACAAGCGGAAUGCCCAACGUUGCAGCGCUAUUACAGAUAUAUCGAGUUUUUUCAGUCAAUUAUCAGAAUCUGCACUAUUAAUAAAUGCAGCAGAGGCAGCUCUGGCAUUUCACACCGUUAGCCACCAUUCAUUGUAUCGAUCUAUGGAUUGUACACCUAAGCUAAAUGCUGAAAUUUACUGUGACUCUGAUAUCGCCAAAAACAUGUCUUGUGUUAGGACAAAGACUGAAGCUAUAAUAAACAAAAUUCUCGGGCCGCAUUCUGUUGAUGUGACAAUACAGUGCUUGAAAGAGAUAUCAUGUUUUGGGAUUACCACAGAUGGCAGCAAUCAUCUAUCUCUGAAAAUGUUCCCAAUUUUAAUACAGUUUUUUGAUUAUAAAGCAGGAGGUAUUCAGAGUCGAGUUAUAGAGCUUAAAACAAUUCCCAAUGAAACUUCAGACGCUAUUUCCUCCUACAUAAGUGAUACACUAAGACACCUUGAUAUUGCUGACAAAUGUGUAGCGUUUGCUGGUGAUAAUACAAACACCAAUAUGGGGGGCUUUAAAAGGGCUGAGAGCAACAGUGUUUUCACCAAAUUAAAGAAAUGCGUGAACAAGAAUGUCGUAGGGAUAGACUGUCCAGCGCACAUCCUUCACAAUACUAUUCAGCAUGGGGCUGACAGCUUGGGAGUUGAUUUGGAGUGCAUAGUCAUUAAACUCUAUAAUUAUUUUUCCAUUUAUACAGUCAGAACAGAACAACUGAAAGAAUACUGUGAAUUUGUUGAUACAGACUACAAACAGUUACUGUCCCAUACUCACACCAGGUGGCUAUCUCUGUUUCCGGCCAUUUAUAGAAUACUUGAGAUGUAUGAAGCUUUGCAAUCCUAUUUCUUAUCUUUGCCUAGUCCCCCUAAAAUUCUGAAGGACUUUUUUUCAGCCAGAAUGAGUAAGGCAUACCUGUGGCACCUCCAUUCAUUAAUGUCUGUUUUUUAUGACAAUAUCAAGGAGAUUCAAAAAGAAAGAAAUUCCAUCAUUGACAUAAUCAAUAUACUAGAAAAUGUCUCUUGCCUGCUAGAGAACAGGUUAGAGAGCUCCUUUAUUUCCCUGAAGACUAAAGAGGUGUUGGCAAGUGCCCGGGAGGAGGGAUUUGGUAGCGAAGUAGAUUGUUUUAUGGAGGAAGCAGUAUCUUUGUACAGAGAAUGCUAUGGUUAUUUAAAGAAAUGGAGUGUCUCGUUUAUAGAUUUUUACUGUUUCAGAUGGAUGGAUUUGAAAGAAAAGGUACUGAUGAAAGAUGUGGAAACGUGUAUAAAGUUUCUAAGUAAAAGAGGGGUCAAGAUUGAUGAUAAGAAAUGCAGUGACCAGUUGUCUCAUCUGAACACGUUUCUUGAAGAAAACAGCACAGAUCUUGAAAACAGGUCAUGUAAUGACAAGUGGGUUAAAUACUUUGGGAGUAGCAAACACGAAUGUCACUCAGAACUGCUGAAGAUGGCAGAAUAUUUCUUUUCACUGCCAGGACACAAUGCAAAUGUUGAAAGGGUUUUUUCCUUCAUUUCAUCACAAUGGACAAACGACAGGAAUACUUUAAAUGUAGAUUCGGUCAAGGGUUUGUUGCUAGUAAAGUACAAUUAUAAGCAUUUGUCUUGCUCAGAGUUCUAUAAGUAUAUUGUAAGCCAACAAGGCAUUUUAGCAGAGAUCAGUUCAUCAUUAAAUUACGGCUGAGUAUCUGAUAAUGUUCAGUAUGUGUAAUAUAGUUGUAAAUAAACCAUUUGAAAUGAAUUUAUAUUUA